GCGGCUCGAUGCGGCGCGCAAGCGCUUCGGGUGCAGCCGAGCUUUCGAGCCACGCGAUGGUAGCAGUCUACCGUCUAAAACCGCGAAACCACAUACCACGUUCUCGAGGAAGAGCGCCACAACGCAGUCCGAGGUCAGACCUCUCUCGUUUAUCGUUUUUGUGCGCGUUUCGAGCAAGUAUUUAAGAAUGCUCGCGAUUUUUCAUUUUUUUUCUUUCUUUAUCACGUUUCUUGGUACUGUCGUUCGUUUACAUUCGAUACCGACAUUUGACAACACAAACUAGAUCACGACAGUUAUCUCAGCAGCAUCACUAUUGCCUCGAAUGUUGUGACAUAGUGCAUGUAGUGCAAAUCGAUUGAAUACCGACGAUCGGGAGAAACCGUGACCUUGAAAGUUCACGUGCAAGCGGGACGUGACAGAUUAGGAAGCAAUUAACGCGCGUUAUCCAGCAAUGCCACGCUAAUGAAGAACAACCGUGGUACUCGCGUAUCUUCUUUGACAGAAGAAUGGACAAUCGGUUUACAAUGUGCAAAAGGUAUAUAGUGAUGUACAAAAGAAAGGUAAUCCUAGUCGGAUAAAAAUACUGAUGGAAGCAGGAGAAAUUUAAACUUUUGACAUUAUUCCUCAAUUAUGCUGUAUUCUUUAUACAUUACCUUAACAUCUCAAUCAAGGGGAACACAUUGUGCCAAACACUACUAUCUAUUAAACAAACAUACGACAAAUAUUAACGGAGUCUGAAUUUUAUAAGAUAUGAUUAAAUCAUAAAAUGACGAAAAUUUAAAGAUUGAUCAAAUAUUAAACUAUUUCUUCAGAAUAUUUUACGUGACAAUCUGGCGAGUGUAAAAGUAUAUUUUCGGAAUUAUAAUGAUUCGUGGCAUCUUAGCGAAACAAGAUGAGCGAUCGAGCGAAAAUGAGAAUUCACAAAAGUACAAACGCAAUAUCGACGCUCUGACAUCUCGCCAUUUAACUGCAAGAAUUGAGAACAUCGAGAUUAUCUCGAGCAAUCGCACGUCAGGGUGAUUGCGGACGAAAGACCGUCCGUAGUGGCAGAGCUGCGCACGGCGAACGACAUGAACGACAGCGAGAUCUAUUUAUUGAACUGGGACGAAGAGCACGCACUGAAUAACGAUUUCGGCAGAAGUUUCUACAACGCUAGUUAUCCGCCGUUCAAUCGCACGUACGAAGAUCCCGAAUCUCUCUGGGAUCUCGCUACAGAUCGAAUUGGUCUCGCGAUUGUCCUGCUGCUCUUUUCCGUAGCCACCGUUUUCGGCAAUUCGUUGGUGAUCCUCGCGGUAUUUCGCGAAAGACACCUUCACACAGCUACAAAUUACUUCGUAACUUCGUUGGCCUGCGCCGAUUGUCUAGUGGGUCUAGUAGUGAUGCCUAUUAGUGCGGUGUACGAAGUGCUGGAGAACCGUUGGCUGUUCACAACAGACUGGUGCGAUGUUUGGCGCUCGCUGGAUGUUCUCUUCUCCACCGCGUCUAUCCUGAAUUUGUGCGUCAUCAGCUUGGACCGUUAUUGGGCGAUCACCGAUCCGUUCACAUACCCGAUGCGAAUGAGUAGAAGACGCGCGGUCAUUCUAAUCGCUAUUGUGUGGAUCUGCUCGAGCGCGAUUUCCUUCCCCGCGAUAGCGUGGUGGCGUGCCGUGCGAACCGAGCAAGUGCCGGAAAACAAGUGCCCCUUCACGGAAAAUCUCGGUUACCUGAUAUUCUCGUCGACAAUCAGCUUUUAUCUGCCGCUGUUCGUGAUGGUUUUCACGUAUUACAGAAUCUAUCGUGCCGCCGUGAUACAGACGAGGAGUCUGAAGCUCGGCACGAAGCAGGUGAUGAUGGCGUCGGGCGAGCUCGAACUUACGUUGAGGAUACAUCGAGGCGGUACUACCAACACCGAUGCCAAGCACCUGUUUCGCACCGCCUCGAGUACACCCGAAGAUCUUCAAGAUCUGGAAGAACCAUUAACGGCUCUUCACAAUAAUGGUCUCACUAGAGUACCUUCCACGCGGAUCAACAAGCAGCAUUUGGGCACGAAAAAUUUCUCCCUCUCGCGUAAGCUCGCCAAAUUUGCCAAGGAGAAAAAAGCGGCGAAAACCCUCGGUAUCGUUAUGGGUGUUUUCAUCAUUUGCUGGCUGCCGUUCUUCGUUGUGAAUCUAUGGUCAGGAUUUUGCACAAGAUGUAUAUGGCAGGAAGAAAUCGUAUCUGCAGCCGUCACUUGGCUCGGCUGGAUUAAUAGCGGAAUGAAUCCCGUGAUAUAUGCUUGCUGGAGCAGAGACUUUCGUAGAGCUUUCGUCAGAAUUCUAUGUUACUGUUGUCCAAGACGAAUGAAACGACGGUAUCAACCAGCAUUUAGGUGUAAACCAAGUCAGUAUAUUUCCGGAAUGGGAACGGGAGGACAAGCAAGUAAUGUGAGCUAUAGCAGCGUCAGCCAGAGUAGCGACGGCGGUAUAUGUCUGACCGGAAAUGGGCCCUCCGGAGGUGGUAUGUGACGUCACACAUCGGCUCGAUCAGGGCCACGUCGAGAACGCGCGAUUCGAUUCCGCGAUGCAUAAUUAAAAACAUAAUUGAAGUGUUAAUUUUCAAGAGAGAGACUAACAGAAUUGUUCUGCGCAAUUCACAAUCAGCUUUGUGCCUGAAAAAAUGUCAAGAAGAAACUUUUGAAACGUGUGAAACAUUCUAAAAUGUUUUUAAACUAUCCGGUUUAUCGCCGCGAGACAGUGCUGUUACGGAAAUAAGAACAAUGUGAGCAACGUAAAGACAUCUAUAUAAGUGAAUAAAGACUGCAAAAUAUUUACGAAAACACGUACUUAAUAGUAAAUUAACUAGUUUGUAAUUAGUUUUUAAAUAAGUAGUUUUAAAAAUCGCCAUGAUUUGAAAAAAUUGUUAAACUUUUGUUUGCAUACACACGGUGUGUUAUUAAUAUCUUCUAUUUCCGGUUGGGCAUUUUCGGGAUAUCCGGAGUGUACCGUGUCUGAAUAGUUGCAUUUAAUUAGUUUUGUUAAAUACAUCAGUCAGAUACAUGAGUAUGUAUCAAUGUUACCUCUAAUUAAUCAAAUGUUUAUGAAACCGUUCAAAUUGUUUAUAGAAUUAUAAUGUGAAAAUUAAUAAUCGAUGUAAAUUAACGCAACAAUUGUUAGCAGGAUUAAUUAUCUGAUAUCAUUGAUAUAAGAUAAUUGUAUAAGACCAAACUAGACAUCUGCGAUAAAUUGAUAGGCUCUGCUA